CCAAAUUUCCUUAUAGAAACAUAUCUGUGUAUUCACACGGAAGCGAAUAAAAUUGAGAUAAGACACUUUCACCUGGUAAGAUAAUAUUUGACCUUAGACACAAACCAUAACGGUUUUAAGGAUAAUUUGUUGAGUUUUCCAACCAUGAGGUCAAGUUAUUACAUAUCAGUUUUUGUAUUGUCGUUCGUUGUGAGCAGUGUUUCUGCAAGCUGUAUCUGUAGUAAUCAUCCAACAAGAUUUAUUUAUAAUUGUGAUGACGAUACCAAGCAACCAUUCAGUUCCCUACAAUACGACGGAUUAGACUCACAUUGCUUAGUUGAAGUAAAAGGUCUACAUGUCAAACCAGGAUGGAAGGCCGGUUUAUAUGUGUUAAAAGAUAUGAAUUAUCAACGGGUUGUUUACAUCAAAGAGGAUGCUGAAGUAGUAGGACAGGCUAACUGUGCCAAAUCACGUCUUACAGGACCUGUGAAUAUUGAAGCGAGCUGUCACCCAGAGGAUCACAAUUUAUUGAAUCCAACGACACCCGCACCGACAACAUCUACACCCACACCGACGACAUCUACACCCACACCGACGACAUCAACACCAGCACCGACAACACCAACACCUACGACUCCACAAACUACAAUGGGAACUGUGCCUACAAUGAAGCCUUCGACUAUAUGCAACUCGAUUGACAUGCUCAAUCACCUAAUACUUCAGACGUCUGCAAAUCACCCUAAUGCCAAGUUUUGUGCUGGAAGUAACACACACAGUGGUAGUGAUGCUCUCCUACUGGCACAUUGUAAUCUUAGAUCUACACACCCUCGUAGAUGGAAAGCUGGUGUAAAGGUGAUAGAUAAUUGCUCAACGUUAAAUCAGGGAGACCCUAUUGGUUUGUUUAUCAACGGGAGACCUAUCGGUGAAUUUGCAGCUUUCUGGAAAUGCAAAGCUAACUCAUUUGAGAUAAUCUACCAGACAUGUGGGGAUCAUGCCAAAGUGUGGGAUUCCAAGGACCCUCAGUUAAAGUUGAGUAUUAAUGCACUCUUCACAGUAAUAUUGUAGAUAUCUCUGUAAACCUCGAUUGUGGUUAUAUGUAGAGAAAAAAAAAUAAAAAGCAUAAUAUUA